AUGUCAACUGAGAACAAGAAGCUGCUAACUCUGAAGAGUAAGGACCUAGAGGUAUUCGAGAUCGAUGAGGCUGUUGCUAUUCAGUCUCAGACCAUUAAACACAUGGUGGAGGAUGGCUGCGCUGAUAACGCCAUCCCCUUGCCCAACGUGGAUGGUCCCACCCUUGCCAAGGUCAUCGAGUACCUCAAGAAGCACGCUGAGGACAAGAAUGGCAAGAAAGAUGAUGAGGAUUCUCUCGAGAAAUUCGACAAAGAUUUUGUCAACAUCAAGCAGGACCUCCUGUUUGAUCUGAUAUUGGCAGCCAACUAUCUAAACAUCGCGCGGCUGCUGGACUUGACAUGCCAGGCUGUGGCGGACAUAAUCAAGGGAAAGACUCCCGAACAGAUUCGCAAGACUUUCAACAUCAAGAAUGACUUCACUCCUGAGGAAGAAGUUCGAAGGGAGAACCAAUGGGCUUUCGAGUAA